UACUGUUCUGACAAACACAGAAGACCAAACGAUGAGCGCUUGUUUGUAGAUUAACGGAGGAAACAAGACAUUUUAUUUUCUUAUUUAUUUAAUUUUUGUUUUUGGAAAACAUUUUCUGUCAGCAGAGGAGAUUUUGACCUCACGUUUCUCUCGGAGGUGUGUUGUGUCGUCAUCAUGAGGAGACUACCUGCUGCGAUACUUUUGUUGUCGCUUCUCAAAGUGUCAGAGUGUAUUCAGGUGAACGUCCCCCAGACAGAGCGCAGCACUGCUCUGUUUGCCUCAGUGAUCCUCCGCUGUGAAUUCUCCACCUCUGCAAACCUCCAAGAUGUCCUGGUCACAUGGAGGUUCAAGUCUUUCUGCAAGGACCCUGUGCUGGAGUAUUACUCCACAGCGUACCAGUCUGCUCUACAGCUGGGACAGGACCCCUCCAAUGACUGUCCCGAUCGACAGCGCACAGUACGCACUGUGAUCCAGAAAAGAGGAAGCAGUGAGCCGACGCUGGGAGCAGAAUACCGUGAGAGGAAGAUCACCAUCCAAAACCAGGCAGACCUGGUGAUCAAUGAGGUGAUGUGGUGGGAUAAUGGAGUUUACUUUUGCGCUGUUGAUGCUGCUGGAGACACGACUGGAGACUCUGACAAAGAAGUCAAGCUCAUCGUUUACCACUGGCUGACAGUGUUGUUCAUCAUCAUCGGUGCCCUUCUCCUCAUCAUCCUCUUCUCUAUCUGCUGCUGUCAGUGCUGCCCUCAUAUAUGCUGCUGCUACGUCCGCUGUCCCUGCUGCCCUCAGCAGUGCUGCUGUCCCGAAAAAGCCGUCAUGCAGCAUCGUAUGAUGAAAGAGGCUCAGAGGGCGAUGGCUCCCUGGGUCGGAGGACAGCCGGUCUAUGGACCAAUAAGCCACGCCUCCUCUCAGAUGAACCCGCUGCUUUAUGCAGGAUCUGUUUCAGGAAAAAGCAUCCCCAUGAAGCCUAUGCCCCUCCCUCCUCCUCAGUCUUCAGCUUACAGCAUGCCCCCUCCCAGCAUCCAUGGCAACCAGACACCUGCCAGCACUAAUCAGAUGCUUGACUACCUGGAAAGCCAGGUGAGGGGGAUGGACAUGACCAGUCCUCUGCUGCAGUCACAGGCCCCUCCACCUCAGCAUCUGCAGCAGAUUCCUCCCCCACAAAACCUUCAGCACAUCCCCCCUCCUCCUCAGCACAUUCGCACCAACAUCCCCUUUUCUCCGGGUCCCCCCAGCAUGAUCUCUGCCCUCGAUGACACCCCAAUGGAGCGCCGCAUCAUCACACUACCACCAAUAAGAGAGACGCAGCCGGGCAGAAUCCCACCGCCUGCACCCAAAACUCGCCCCCCAAGCUCCAGCGAGAGCAGCCGCAGUGGAUUCGGACGCCCUGACCGAGGAGCAGCUGCCAGGCGAUACCCCUCUCCCACCCGGUCCAGAGGGAUUCCCAGGAGCUACAGCGAGGAGUCACUAGAUGGGCGAGGUCACAGCAGAACACGAGGAGGCAUGGAUCUACCCCGCUCCCGGUCCAGGGAUGACGUGUUUGACAGCAGGUCCAGAGGAAACUACUCUCCCCCUGCAACCCACCGCUCCAGAGGAGGGUCCUGGAGCUCUGAUGAUGAAGGCAGCAGCAGGAGAGGAGGUAGAAGAGGAAGAGCAAGAGGAGGAGGCUGGGUCGAUAACCCUCCCAGCUACUCCGAGUACGAGCCUGGGCAGAAACCGGGAGCACGAAAGAACGAACGCUACUCUGACAAGAGUUCUCGCAGUGGCACCAGCGUCGUCAUCUGAGCCUCUCCAGCUGUGAAACGCCCUCGAGCUCUCUGUCAGAGAACAAACACACCACAGUAGAACUGGUAAACGUUUAAAAGCCCCAUUUUAUGUCAAGAAAUGAAUUAUGAAAGAGCUCCUAAUUGGAGGUAAAAGCUGGCUGAAGGAUGCAUGAAGUGUUUGAUUGGAUUAUUAGAAAAUUAGAAGUGUGCAUUUGGUGAUGUUUGAUGUGAAUAAGGAGAGCAGUUUGGCUUUGAUUCUUUUAAAUAGUGAUUAGAUUGAACUGAGUACUGUGAUGAACAGAUUUGUGUGACAAGACUGCCUUCUGCUGGUUUGUCAAUGUAACAACAGAUAUGCUAUAGAAGGAGAUUUGAACCAAAAGCCAUUUUUUACUCAUGGUUUUAGAAUAGAGUUUUGGAAGCUUUUUCCAUUCUAAACCAUUUAGGUUAUUUUGAUUUUUUUAUUGAAGCCAUAAUCAAUAACCGCUAUGUCUUUGGCCAGUAGUAAAACAAACCAUGUCAGGUUUUGUAGCAUCAACCUACAGUUUAUAAACCCAGAUGUAUAUGAAUGGUGUAUUGUGAACAGUGAAAAUAGUUGUUAGUUUUUUUUUAUUGUACAUAGUUGUUUUUCCACACUUUGUGGCUGUGUUGAAAUGGAUUUAAUGUAUUUGUUUUGAAGGAAAAGGUGUGUCCCAUUAGCCUCUGUUUGGAUAACUUUAGAUAGCAUUUGAACCUUUGUACAUAAGAUGAAUGGAGUAUUUACACUUGCUGUCUGUAAACAAAGUGUGUAAAUAAGUUAUUUACAGAAUAAUGACGUAGGAAAUGAGGUGAUAUCAACAAUGUUACAAGAGUAAUGUACAGCAUUAGUGCUUCAUACAGCACUGCAAGUCUGUUUUUAUAUUUUCCACUUUUUGCUUCACAAUUACAAACCAAACAAAAGAAUACCUUUCAUAUGAAAUUAUAUUGCUGAACCUUUCAUUAGUGGUUUUAAGGAUAUGUUUCCUGUUUUUAUACUUCACACUGUAAAGCAACUGUUAAUAAUAAAC